AUGGACUUAAAGCAUUUGUUAAGCAAUUAUGUUGUUGCUAAUGGGCAUAAACUGUUGUAUGAAAAAAGUGAUUCAACUAGAUUAUUAGUUAGAUGUUGCAAAUGUGAAGAGAAGUCUAAAUGCCCUUUUAGGUUGUGGGAAACAUGGAUGAGUAAAGAAAUAUCAUUUCUGAUUAAGUCCUUAAUCUUUGAACAUAACUGUUGUAGGGCCUUCAAUUUAGGUGCAAUGGUCACAUAUAGUUUGAUUGGAAAACAGUUAAUGGAAACCAUAAUAGAUAAUCCAAGAAUAAGUUAUAGGAAUUUGGCUGUAGCAAUCCUUAGAGAUUUUUAUCUAAAAGUUAGUUUUGGUCAGUGUAGAAACGCCAAAAAAUUUCCAAUGGAUGAGAUAGAAGGGAGUUUGGUGGCACACAAUGAAAAGCUUAGGACUUAUGGUUUGGAGCUAUUGAGGACUAAUCCAGGUUCCAUAGUGAAAUUCGAUGUGGAUAUCAUGCCUGAUUCUACAGUCUAUUUUUCAAUGAUGUAUAUUUGCUUGAAGGAUGUGAAGGAUGGUUGGAUGGAGGAUUGUAAAAGAGUGAUUGGUGUAGAUGUAUGUUUUUUAAAGGGACUUUGUAGAGGUGAGAUACUUUCUGUUGUCGGUAGGGAUGCUAAUAACCAAAUGUAUCCUUUAGCAUGGAAAUGA